AAAAUUACCGCUUACAUAUCAAACUGCCCACAUGCAUUAUGUUCAGCCGCGGAAUCUUGUUAAAACGAACUCUGCCACAAUUCUCUCAACAGUCGUUGGAUAUACAGGAUCGCCCGCCUUAGCAAGUGAAAUUUCAAAAUCGCCCGCGCUCGUCGCUCCUUCCGGUUAGAUGGCGUCACUGAGGAGCGGUUAUAAAUUCGUUGUGUAGCUCUGAGGAGUAGUUCGUUGUGUUCAUUGUGCUUCGUCAAAAGAGAACGGUUGUGAAACUCCAGCGAAAAUGGCCGGAGGCAAAGCAGGAAAGGAUUCUGGGAAGGCGAAAACUAAAGCGAUCUCGCGAUCUGCUCGUGCUGGUCUUCAGUUUCCGGUCGGUCGUAUCCACCGACAUCUGAAGACGAGGACCACCGCCCAUGGACGAGUCGGAGCCACUGCUGCCGUAUACUCGGCUGCCAUACUUGAGUACCUCACUGCCGAGGUGCUUGAAUUGGCCGGCAACGCCUCGAAAGAUCUUAAGGUGAAGCGUAUUACGCCUCGUCAUUUGCAGUUGGCCAUCAGGGGUGACGAGGAGUUAGAUUCGUUAAUUAAGGCGACGAUUGCCGGUGGUGGUGUUAUCCCGCAUAUCCACAAAUCACUCAUUGGCAAGAAGGGUAACCCGCCGGUUGCCCCGGGUCAAGGACCUAAGGCUUCGUAGAGACAAUAACUCUUUCUUCACGCGAAACGUCAAACAAGUAGGAUGGACGUAAUCAUCAUCUUAUUUGGCGUCUCACUAUGAAAACAAUUGUAAAAAACGCAAAACGAAAACAGAAUAACUGCCACUGGUUUUUCGACCAUCGUACAUUGCACGCAGGCCGCCUACUAGCAAAGAUCCUGCCGGCGUAAUUUCAUCAUCCAUCUCUAUCUCAUUGUGUAUUAUUUCCAUACAAGAUUCAAUCAUUUAAAGAAAAGCGACGAGUAAUGACAAAUGUAUAAAACAAAACUCAGUUAAAUUAAAACA